GGGAGGGAGGAGCGUUCGCCGGGCGAGCCCAACAACCCCACCCCACCGCCGCCGCCGCCGCCCCGAGCUCGUUGCGCGUGCACCACGUGACGGGGCGGUGCGCGACUGGCGGGAAAGUGCUCGGCGCGCUUUGUUUGUCGCGCAGUGGAGCCGGGCGGCUUGCGCGGGCGGGAGGAGCUCGAGCCGGAGAUAUUUAACACAUUAUCGUUACUAUAUUUAGAGGAGGAGGGGGGGUAUUUUUUUAUAUAUUGUGGGGUGGGGGGGGAAAGGGUUAGUUGUGUACAUUUUUUUAAAUUAUAUUUGAGUACUGCACGUGCGGGAGAGUGGUGAUUUGUUAUUUAGCAUUGGAAGCGAGGCAGCUUUGUGCGUCUAGGCGACCGCGCGCUGCCGGCCGGCGCGGGGCCCUUGGCUGCCGCCUCUGCCCGGGAAGAGCGCGAGCGCCCAAACGUGCCCAUGGCCUGGUUCCCGAACGCCUUCGGCGCCACAGUCGCCACUGCAUCGUGGCCCGACUCUGAGCACGAGUGCGGCUACUUCUACGAUGACCCCGAUGAAGACGACGAGCUCUUCCGGGCCGGCAGCCUCUAUUGUGCCGCGCCCGGUGAGCACAUCUGGAAGAAGUUCCAGCUGCUGCUUGGGCCCGGGAGCGGCUCUGUGCCCGCGCCGGGCCCCCUGUACGUGGGCUGCCCUGCGUCUCCGGGUUUUUUGACGCCGCCAUCGCCGCAGCGGCUGGUGGAUGAGGGCGACGUGGCGGCAGCCCUUCCUCCCGAGCAGCGGGGCGCGGCGCAAGCCUCGCCGUGGCCCGUGCUCGUCCGCGACUGCAUGUGGGGUGGUGCGGUGGCGGCCGUGGCCGUGCAGGGCUCGGCGGGGGCAGGGGGAGGACGUGGUGUCGGUUCUGCUGGCGUGUCGGCACCGCGGGUCGUGCCGCCCGAGCUGGGGCCGCUGCUGCUCCCGUCGCGGUCGCCGUCGCCUGCGUAUGGACACGCGCGUGCACGUGUGCUCGGCCGCACGGACUCGGUAGGCUCCGACAGCGACGGUGGGAGCACCAGCGCCUCUGACUCCGAAUCCGCAGAAGACGAUGAAGACGAUGACCAUGAUGAUGACGACGACGACGAUGAUGACGAUGAGAUAAUCGACGUGGUGACGGUCGGGAAGCACCGUACAGGCGACAAGACGGCACCAGCUUCGGCGCAAUCUGCCGCCUCGUGCCGCCCCUUUGCUCUCCAGGUGCACCAGGAGCAGCACAACUACUCAGCGCCAUCACCCCCGACCCGGCCCGUGGCUGCCCCCCUCAACUCUCGGCACUCCCAGCCAGCCAAGCGGCUAGCGCCGCCACCAGCGCUGAAAUCCUCGUGCACGCUCCGCUGUAAGUCCCGCGCCGCCGACCCCGUUUACGAGAUUGCGACCACCGUAAAAUCGCCAACGUCCAGGAAGGGGGCGAUAGCGGGACCAUCCCUUGACAUGACGUACCACGCCGCGCAAGGCCUCAGGCCGUGCGUCGUCACCACCGCCGGCCCGCAGUGUGGCGUGGGGUCCCCGCCACGCCACGCCGCCGGGCCGUCGCUCGUGCCGUUCGCAUCCUGCGCGCCAGCCUCAGCCGCCUGCUCCGACUCGGGCUUCACUUCGGGCUCAGGAGACGACUCGGAUGAGCACGGCCGGCGGCGCAACCACAACUUCCUUGAGCGACAGCGGCGCGAGGACCUCAAACGCAGCUUCCGCGCGCUACGCGACGAGGUCCCCGAGCUGGCGGGCAACGAGAAGGCGGCCAAGGUAGUGAUCCUGCGCAAGGCCGCGGAGAGCGCCGUGGCCGCCACGCGCCGCGAGCUCGGCCUCCUGGCCGAGAAGGAGCAGCUCAGGGUUCGCAGGGCCCAGCUGCAGCGGCGCCUCCUGCAGCUGAAGAAGGCGGCGUAGGCCAAGGCACGCCACUCUGUCUCCACCUCGACCGCUCUUCAUCUGUGCCCGUUACGCGUCUCUUAAGAGUUAUUCUGUUUCCCGCGUGAUACGGAAGGGUGGCCCUGUGUGUGUUCCCCCGGAUAGCGGGUGUUUAUUGUUGAAAGCAAAAACAAAGUUAUAGUUUGUUGGGAAUGUUUGUAUUUUUUUACAUAGUUGGGCAGCCUCUGCCCACGGAGGUUUGCAGGUUGUAGCCGAGCACUCUUACAUUUGCGCACCUUUACUGUGAGCCAAACCGACAGUCCAAGGACGUUUAGAGGCUCCUUUGUCUACUAGAGGUUUGAAAAUACGAUUGUAUGAACAAUGCAGCCUGGCUGCCAUUUUUACAUUUCAUGGGUUAAAAAAAAUGCAAUACUUUAUGAGAGAAUUUCUACACUAAAAAUAAAUGUACCAUACAUUUUUGUUUAAGUUUCAACUAAAAUAGGCUGUCAGGGUCAGGAAAUGCUCUAAACCAAGGGGGGUGCCCAAGCUGUCGCCAGAAGCCAUUGUAUGGUUCCAUCAGCAUCUGCACAACAGAGUGGGGAGGGGGGAGUUGCACUGUUGGCGGUUGCAGCAGUCUUGUUGGUGGUGAUUGUGUUGAGUGAUGAUGCGUGUUCUGGUGGUGAAUUUGCUGACUGUCGCAGAGAUAGUGAUGUGGUGAUGGCUGUGUUUUCUUGUUAUUGAUGUGGUGACGACAUGGUCAAUGGUUAUGGUAUUAAGGAUAAUGGUGAUGUGGAUGGUGGUGAACGAUAUCGCGGUGUCAUUGUAGGAAUAGUGAACUGGUAAAGAUGGCGUGGUUUCUGCUGAAUUUGUGUCGGUGGUUCUGGAUGUGGCGACGGCUGCGAUAAUCUCAGCCACUUGUGCAGCCUUGCCACAGUAUCGCCAAACAAGCCUAUGGCUUUGAUACGUUUUUUGGGACCUCUGGGUUCAAAGAGCAGUCUACAAGUUACACUUGAGCUGGCAGCACGUUUUGGUGUAAAGGACCAUGUGACCUCUAGUAGCAGAAGGUUGGCCUCUAAAAUGUUGCUUGAAUUGCUGGUGAUGAGCAAAAUACCGCGAGCCAUUCUUCGCUUGACGUUACUCUACAGCAUCCGGCGAAGGAGAACCCGCGGCACGUCUUUUUACGUAAGCAUCACACUUUGCUAAAAUAAAACUACUUAAGCACAAAGAUACCUUUCUUAGAGUAUAUGAUGAAAAAAAUGUUUUAUACACGAUAACAAUUGGAUAUUGGAAGGCAGCACUUUCUGACCAAAUAUCCAUAAUGUGACAGGUUUUGUAGUGAACGCUAAGGACAUCAUCAAAAUUAAAAUAUACACUGUGGAAUGUAUCAUACACUUGUCGCGGAAUGUAAUGUAAUUCUCCUGUUGGCAUUUUUAGUUUGCGCAUCUCUGCCUUUGCGUGUUAAAUUGUGAUUUUAAUUAUUCUGAAAUUUAUUUUUUGCCAAAUAGAUGUUCUGAACAGAUAUUUUUUUUUUCUAUGACACAAUGCACAUAAUUUCUCGCUUUAAUCUUUAUGCCGAAUCGGGCUUGCGUUUUGCACAGGUUUAAGUCCGUAUUUUCGAAGCGUGCUGUACUCACGCGCGUGCGCGCUUGUGAUGGCUUGAGCCAGGGGCGAGUCCCCCGCGCCUGUUCCCUACCCGGUUUAACUCCUCCAUCUGUUUCUGCAGUGACCGAUCCCGAUGCACGCUUUCAUGAGGUGGCAAGCUACAGCACUCUAUUUCUCUCACAGUUUGUAAUGCUUGGAGGUGGCUCACUGUCUGAUAACUGAGCGCCAGUCUAGAUUCAUGUCUCGGCAGCCAACCCGAGAAUAAAACAAGUUCUCAAGUGGAGCAAUUGAGGAUGUUAAUGAUUCAUCGAAUAAAAUCGAUGUGUAUGCCCACCACGCAUGACUAUCAUGCGUGUAAGAAGCGAUUAUUUUCGAGAUGUGUAUAUUCAUGAAAGCACCGCAGCCCCGCUCAUGGAUUGCACACGCAUCACAAUAGAAAAUAAGGAAUUGAAUCGUGAGAAGGUGAAUCAUUACAUUCAUAGUAGCACAGUUGGUGGUCCCAGCUCGGUCACCAGUGGCUGCACACACAAACCCAAUCGUUCAAAUUCGUAUUUUUUUUUCAAGUGCUCGUUUUUCCAGAUCUUGGUGACUUAUUUUAAUCAAAAUGGCGUGACCACCUCUCAUGCAAACAUUAAGGUCUGUGUGACCUUUAAGGGUGCUGCACCCUUUAAGUCUGUUCGAAAGUCUCUUCUCAAGAGGUGCAGCGAACCUUAACUCUCCAUUGCAAAAUAAAUGGGGUUUUUUUUCUCAAUGGGCUUACACAUGGCCAUAAAUACAGUUAAUGUACCUACGUAUUACUGCACAUUUGCCUUGUAUCUUCUGCCGCCUUAUUUGGAAGCGUGUAACAUCUCCCAAGCGCAUUCCAACCGAAUCCUCUCUCCUAGGAGACCUCAUGGUAGACUGCUGCCACUUACACUCGGGUCAGCAGGCGCAGUUCACAGGCGUCAGUGGGAGGGGGGGGGUUGUGGGAGCGCGUUUCUUUUUGUUGCAAAACCUGGGUGGAUUUAGCAAUUGUAGAGAUUAUAGAACCGUCUUCAGGGAUUUGACAAACCGAGCCUCGGGCUGCACCACCGCGAUUCUCUUUAAUGUCCACGUUCAGGUGCGAGACGGGGGAAUUUAAAUAAAAGUCCCAUCAGGUUUUUUUUGCGCGCUACAACAGGGUAGGGAGAAGGUUUUGCGGACGCGAGCGGGCGGGCGAGCGGGUGGGAACCGUGGUUGUGUGAGGUCCACCCCCUCCUCUUGGGAAUAGGAGGACGACGAUCGCGUCUGGAGUCGUCGUGGCUUCGGAUUGGAGAGGCGCCGGGCGCAUGGCGCCUGUCGUGACCCAGUUUCGGACGAGCACGCACACGGGCUGGUUAAAUCGCUUAAUUGGUCAUGUGGAUGUUUAACGCGGCAGCGCCGAAACUCUCGCGGCCUGCCCCACUGUGCGUUCCGAGCUACGGAGAGGCAUUUUUUUUGGUCACUUUGUUUAUAUAUGUUUCAAAGAAGGUGUAGAGGAUCAUUUACGGCAAAAGCGUGACGUUUUGCAGCAUUGCCAACUAGUUGUAAUUCAAUGGUGUUUAUUUCCUCGUCCCUUGUUUUGUUGAUGGGGAAAGGUUUUUUGUAUUUUUAUGGUGAUGUUUUUUUUAUUAUUUUGUCGCAAAGACUGCUUGUUUUAAGGCACCAAUGGCUGACACCCCGCUUGAUGUCACAUUCCCACGUGGUGGAAACCUGCAAGAUUGUGUGAAAUUCAAAGUCAGUUGAAACAAUAUCGUAGCAUCUCGUAAAGUAUACAUCCACUCAACUAAAUGCUCAUCGCAUCACACUUGGUAGUGAGAUAAUAUAUCCGAUUAAACGACUGCAAGAUGCGUGGAGAUUUUUCUUUUAUUUCACCGCACCACGUAUACAUUUGACACACCUUACACUGGCAUGCUGUAAAAUCAUAUUCGAAAGAGUCCCAAGAACCUAGUGGGAAGUGCCCCCAGACACUUUGAGCUGAAUCAAGGAACCUGUAUAACUCGUUAUAAACUUUUAUGGUUUGGAAGGCCAGACAAACGCGCCACCACAACAGCAUGCUCCUGUGGUCAGAGGUUUAGUUGGACGAGUUUACGCUUCAGCUGCCGAGUGGUUUGUGAUAUCAAGCAAGGCAAGGCAAUUUGCAAAGUGGUCUAUUAUUUCAUGAUAAGACAUAGUUGUGUGUAAGGGCUGUAAUAAUUAUUUAAGGUGUGUUAAGUAUUUUUUCCACUAAAUGUUUAGAUUUGUUUUAGGAUUGAGACCAGUGGUUAGCAUUGUAACUAAAUGUAUUUGGUUUUUGUUGACAUAAUUUAUGUAUGAUUUCACUGCCUAACAGCGCCUUUAAUAUUUUAUUAGCUUUUAUUAUGCUAUAAAUAAGAUCUUGUGGUUUCUGGAGAGUGGUUUUGUUGUAUAUUAUGCGACUUAAAGGCAAAUGUACAGAUGCACGUGGGUAGGGGAAUCGAUGGAAUGUGGCAAUCACGGAGGCUUCACGAACCAAUUGCAUAGGUUGGACCCUUUUUUACGCGAAAGAAGAUAAAUAAUUCUCGUGAAACCGAUUUGGCUAUAAAUUGUUCGUGUAAAACCAAGUUCAAACGAUUUUUCAGCACGUUUAAAAUUGUUGCAUUGAACCAAUGCACAUGUACAGUAUCGUGUAAAAAGGACCACUGUUGUGAUAAGAACAAUAGAACAUAUUGUCAGUCUCAUGUCAAACCGCGUUUGAUUGGUUUAGAAGUCCCAAGUGAUCACAAAUGUCCCUGUGUGAUUGGCUCCAUUCCAGCGCGCCCCCUCCCCCGACAACUUUAGUCUAUUAACAGCGACUCCAGCCAAAACGAGGGACCUUGGUUGACAUCUAUAAGAG